UCAGGGCAGGCAGAAUGGUCAAAAACAGAUGCAGGAAUGCCCACAUGCAGGAACGCACCGAAUUGCAUGCAGCAAUUGCACCCUUCUCUUACAAUUGGGAAAACAUUUAGUUUGUUUCAGCAUGUUUAUAAUUCUGAUAAGAACAACAGUUCUGAGUAGGCUAGGAGGACAAAACAAUAUUGCGGUUGGUCGGGUGACUCCAUCACUCUAUGUAAGAUUUCUGCAAGAGUUAUCUCAUGGGCGGGAACUGCUCUGCCCUUGAUACUGAAGUCUCCUCCUCCUCUGCAAGCUGUUUGCUUAAUUCUCAUGGGGGUGAUGCCCCGUUACUAACGCAAUAAAGCUCCUGGAUGCAAUCCACGGCACAAUGCAUGGAUCAUUUUCAUCGGACAGACCCACUACUACUUUCUCCUCCCAUCUCGCACUGUGUCAUUACCAGCCAACUGCUGCCUGUCUGAGCUGCCUGUCGGCGUGUAACCAGCAUCCCAUGAUGGUGGCAUUCAAAGGAAUCUGGACCAAGAACUUCUGGAGGGCUGUCUCAGCUGAGUACCUAGCAACCAUGAUCUUCGUCCUCCUCAGCCUGGGCUCCACCAUCAAUUGGGCGGCCGAGUCAGACAACCCUCCCCCUGCAGACUUGGUCCUCAUCUCAUUUUGCUUCGGGCUGGCCAUUGCCACAAUGGUGCAGUGCUUUGGUCACAUCAGCGGUGGCCACAUCAACCCGGCAGUCACUGCAGCCAUGGUGGUGACCCGGAAGUUGAGCCUGGCCAAGGGUGUGUUCUACCUAGCUGCCCAGUGCCUGGGAGCGAUCACUGGGGCAGGGCUCCUCUACCUGGUGACACCAGUGUCUGUCAGAGGGGGCCUGGGAGUGACUAUGGUGAACCCCAAGCUCAACGUGGGCUGCGGCCUGUUGGUGGAGCUCCUGAUCACCUUCGAGCUGGUCUUCACGGUGUUCGCCACCUGUGACCCCAAACGCUCUGUUAACGGCUCGGCUGGCCUCGCCAUCGGAUUCGCUGUAGCCAUCGGUCAUCUGUUCGCAAUUCCAUACACAGGAGCCAGUAUGAACCCCGCUCGCUCCUUUGGACCUGCAGUUGUCACCAUGAACUUUGAGAACCACUGGGUGUACUGGGUUGGUCCAAUCCUGGGUGGCAUCAUGGCGGCUGCCCUCUAUGAAUACCUGUUCUGCCCUGACCCUGAGCUGAAGAAGAUGUUCCGCGAAGUCUUCCAGAAGGAUCCAGCUUCGGGGAAGUACAGGGAGGUGGAGAGCAGUAUGUACCAGACGGAACCAGACGACCUGAUCAUCAAGCCAGGCUCCAUCCACCACAUCGACCUGGAGAAGGGGGAGAAGAAGGACCCUUUCCUGGACUCGACGACCGAGAUUGGGGUGAACUACUCUGCCAGCCUCUGCCGCAGUAAGGCCUCUGUUUACCACAUGGUCAAUGACGACGGCACGGACUUCAUUAGACAACAGUUCGCUGCCAUCUGCCUCCUUCGCUGAUGUCCACCUCCUUGACGGGGUCCCCAUGCCCACCUCCUUGACGGGGUCCCCAUGCCCACCUCCUUGACGGGGUCCCCAUGCCCACCUCCUUGACGGGGUCCCCAUGUCCACCUCCUUGACGGGGUCCCCAUGCCCACCUCCUUGACGGGGUCCCCAUGCCCACCUCCUUGACGGGGUCCCCAUGCCCACCUCUUUGAUGGGCCCGUUGUCCACAAACUCUUUGAUUUCUUCCUCUCCCUUGCUGUCUAUCCUGCUCCAUGUUGAAAGAAAAUGCAAGUUUUCAUACACCCUUUUUGUAAGUCGCUCUGGAUGACUUAAAUGUAAUGUUAAAUGAUAUGGUGACCAAUUGUGGUUACUACUAUUGGAAAUCAAAUAGCAAUAACGAGUUAUCAUUAUGUAUGGUUAUCAUACAUGUUAUUUAGAUGUUUAUACUUUACAAACACACCUCUUAUUUCUGUAGUUCUCCAAAUCCAUAUAAACCAGUUUAAAAUCUAUAGGUUUACCAAACAGUUAAUGUAUUUAAACAAAUGAAAAGUAUUGUGAGCAUUUCAUUGUGAAAGGAAAUGCCUUUAUAUGAAAAGGUAUUUCUAGAUGAAACACUGAGUAGGUUUGGUGAAACAUUUGCUCUGUGAUUUUGUGUGUUGUACUUGGUCAAUUGAAAAUGUGCUUAAAGUUAAGAAAAAACA